AUUUUGGCGACGAGCUGAACCGGACCCUUAUUCUACUGGAGGUAUUCGAGAGUCAGCAACUUUCUAGCAAUGAGCCUUAAGGCGCAGAUAUAGUCCGACGUUUUUGGCGUCGCAGCCAGCGACAGCCGAAGUCGGACACGUCACGUCAAGCCAGCCCAGCCAGCCAGGAAAUAUGCGUUUAUAGUCAGACGCGCGUCAGCAACGGCCGACGGCCGUCGCGCAUGCGCAAGGUCGCAGAGGCUGUCUGCUACCUUUCCCGCGGUUUUCGACAGUUGCGGCCUUUCGCGCGUAUUGCGUGUUUUCGUAAUAAUUUGCUCUUGAAAUGGCGUGGACGUAUCCAGCACGGCGAAAAAUCACUACAGCAUUGUUGCUGCGUCGUCUACGACGGAGACGGAAGCGGACUAUGUACAUCCGCGAGAUAUUCGACAAGCAGCCUUACAUUGGGCAGUACCACAACCUCGUACAGGAACUGCGGCAAGUGGACCCAGAAUACCAUUUCAACCGUUCAUUCGACCGUUUGUUGGGCCUGGUGUACAGGCUGCUGCAUCCUCCGAAUCAUAGAAUACCCAUAUAUCCUGCGGAGAGACUAGCAGUCACAUUGAGAUUCCUGGCAACCGGCAGUUCCAUGCAGGACACCGCCAUCAAUUACUGUAUGCACGUUUCAGCCGUGUCCAACAUAUUGAGUGAGACCCUCGCGGCAAUAUGGGACUGCCUCUCACCACUCGUGUUAAAACCACCAAGAACAGCUGAAUGGGAGAAAAUCCGGCAAGUUUACAGCUCUAGGUGGAACUUUCCGAAUGUCAUUGGAAUUAUAGAUGGCAAACAUUUUGCUAUUCGGUGUCCAGACAAAAGCGGCUCUGACUUCUUUAAUUACAAAGGGUUCUAUUCUAUUGUACUGCUUGCAGUGCCUGAUGCAGAAUGCCGCUUUAUUCUAGUUGAUGUUGGGGCUCAAGGGCGAGUAUCAGAUGGUGCGUGUUUCAAUGAAUGUGCUAUCAAGGAACAUUUUGAACGUGGAACGCUUGGACUACCUUCAUCAGCCUGUCGGUGGCCUGUUUGUAUGGUAGGUGACGCGGCAUUCCCCUUGCGACCGUACUUAAUGCGGCCGUACUCUCGGGGGAACCUAAGUGAAACAAAAAAGUAUUCAACUACCGGUUGUCGAGAGCAAGACGGUGCAUUGAGAACGCAUUUGGGAUCUUGGUGUCAAGGUGGCGCUCAUUUCUGUCUACUGUCACCGGAACGCCGGUCUUCCUUACUGACAUGGUGA